CUCACUGAGCUCUUCGUUGCUGAAAUGAGUUCACUCGCCGUGCGAUUCGCCAAGAUUAUGAGACUCUCUAAUUCUACCACACCCUCUUCUUCUCUCGCUGUUGGUGUGCAAUGAAGCUCAGAUCCAGGUUACUCAACUAUGUCAGUUGAUUGUGACAACGAUGAGCGAAAAAGGUGGACAUUGUAUACUGAUUUUUUCUAUGGUUUUAGUGGUUCGUGUUCAAAGAAGCUCAAAGUCGUGGUACUCAACUAUGCCAUUCGAUAGUGACAAUGAUGAUCAAAAGAAAAAUGAUGUGGAAGAGGAUUUUGAUAACUUUCUUGGUAACAAGGCCGAGGAGCUACAAGCUGAAGGUGUGGAUCCAAGAAGGGGUCCGAGUUUUCGUGGCGUCUACAAGGCAAUUAUUUGUGGAAAAGUUGGGCAAGCCCCUGUACAGAAGAACCUAAGAAAUGGCCGAACAGUAACCAUCUUCACAGUUGGGACGGGGGGUAUGUUUGACCAAAGAAUUCUAGGAGCAAAAGACUUGUCAAAACCUGCUCAGUGGCAUCGAAUUGCUGUGCAUAACGAACCCCUUGGAGCUUAUGCAGUACAACAACUUGUUAAAAACUCUUCUGUUUAUGUUGAGGGUGACAUUGAAACGAGAGUAUACAAUGACCGCAUCAAUGGUGAAGUUAAAAAUAUCCCAGAGAUAUGUGUUCGUCAAAAUGGGAAAAUUCGACUUCUAAAGACCGGAGAAAGCCUCAGCAGUAUUUCUUUUGACGAUCUUUUGAAAUGCUAUGGACAACUGCAUAAGAACGAAAACAAAUGGAUGAAAUAAAAGCAGUGAAAUAGAAGGGAAUGCGAUGAUGCUGUUUCGUGAACUGUAAGAUUCAAACAGGUUUCGAGGACCUCAGACUCUUUGAGAACGUACUCUUUGCCAUGCACUUGGCAUAUGAAAUCGUUCUCUACGAGGUGGUGCCAAACGAAAUCGUUUUUGUAGCUCCUAAAAUAAUAAAAACCGAGUCAUCAUACAGUUUGGAUGAACUUCAAAGAGGGCUGUUUGGAUUUUAGUACUUGCAGUUACCACGGUUUGAGUAUUCUUUAUGUUAGAUAUUAGUGGAGACUGUUUGAGUA